AUGAUCCAAAGGCAUCCGACGUACUGGUUCAACGAUGGAGAUACAAUCCUUCACCAGAAAUUUUUGUCUAAUCACGAUGAUAACGAUAUCGUCUACCGAAUCCACCACUCCAAGUUUCCUUGGCCGGAAUCGCCCAAAUUCUUAUGUGGUUCAUCUUCGCGGUUAGUAUCCGGGCUCGGUUCAGAGAUAUCCGACAACGAUCUGAACACACUUAGGACUAUGGCCGAGAUUGAUUUAGAUGAAGAACUUUUGGAUGGUCUGACUGGCUGCAAAUACGUCGUUUUGGAUCACGAACAAGCCAUCAAUGCGAACGAUCUGGUUGUUUUGCUAGAUCACUUUUAUGGGAAAAGUGUUCUUUCCCCAGAAUCCGACCUUACUACUCGGAUAGUGCCCAUCUUGCGAAUCACCAGUCCCGAUCACCUUAAUAUACCGACGUUACACGAAGAAACAAAGAAUUAUUUCGUCAGAUCGUUUCCCAACAAUGCCCAGGAGCUUGCAAAGUUUCAGGGUCAAUGUGCUGAAGAGGCAAUGGCGCUGGCUGUUCGGUACGAUAUUCGUCAGCCGCAAAAACCUCUCCUCUAUUAUCUUGCCACCCAAACUCAUCUAGAACUUCAUGACGCCGACUCUCAAGACUCGCGCACAUCUGUAUCCACCCUCUCUCAUACCAUCUCCACCCACAUGAUCUCUCUGUUCACACCGCUUCUCUUCACACCACCUCCUACAUCCCAUAUGGAAUGCACCGACGCGCUAGCAGAGCACUGGAUGCCACUUGUCAUCGCCCCGGCAAUAGAGGAUAGCGCAAUGGGUAAGCCGUUGCAGACGUUGGAAAGGAUGAAGGACGUAAAUUGGAGCGAGUGUGGCCUUUGUGAGGAAUGUGUAAGAAUUAAAAGAGAGGAGUGGACGGAGGAGCAGGACAGAGUUUGGGAGAUCAUGGAUACGUGGAUCCUUGGGGCCGAUGCGAAGGAGUAG